CAGCCCAGUUGUGCUUCGAUUGCGACUGCACGAACAAGACGCACACACGACUCUGGGCUUGACCACAUUGCGCGCAAGCUCAACACACAUCCGCGGCCAUGGAUUUCGCCCCAUACCAGUCCUCCCCGCCCGAGCACAACCGUCCCUGGUCUCCAGAGGGCUCCACGGGCGGCGCAACCUCGCCGCGGGCUUCCUACGACAACGGCAAUCGCCGGCCGUUCUCCCCGAACCAGUACCAAUACCAAGCCGGCGGCCGGGCAGGCAACAAUGGCGUCUCGUCACCGCCGCCGCUCCAGCAUCCCCAGCCGCAACGGCAGUGGUCGAGCUCGGCCUUUGCGCCGGGUGCAGGGGCUGCCGAGGCCGGUGUAGGGCUGGGCUCUGGAGGAGGAGGAGGUGAUGGCGGAUACACGGAUCACAUUGCCGAGUUUGACACGAGCCUCGGGAUCCGGUUAGACUACGAGGCGUGUCUGGCGUAUCUUGCGCUGCCGCCAAUUGGUGCAAUCAUACUACUGAUUCUGGAGCGCAAGAGCGAUUAUGUCCGGUUCCAUGCGUGGCAAUCGAGUCUACUCUUCACGGCCGUCUUUGUCCUCCACCUCAUCUUCUCGUUCUCGACAUUUCUCGGCUGGGUCAUCUUCCUGGCUGACUUGGGUCUUAUGGCGUUUCUCACGCUCAAGGCGUAUAGAGAUGCGGAUACGCUCGACAGGUACGUGUAUAUUGGCCCCUGCAGACUGCCUGGCUGGCGCAGAGUUUCUGUGAGGAAUCAAGACUAAUGCGGACAUGUUUGGCUCGAUAAGAUAUGAGGUUCCUUUCUUUGGACAAGUGGCGAGUCGCUUCCUCGAUGAUGAAUAGAGCA